GGUACUUUUCUUCCUAUUAUGUAAAGUUGCUAUAGAUAUUGUAUAUAGGUGUUUAUGAUAGGUUACAUGCAUGUUAUUGGAUUCAAUUGAUUAUUCGCUAUUUUGAUGUUGGCAUCAGAUGUUGCCAUCAAUCGUUACUCCGCAAAAAGCGCUAGCAGUUGUAGCAAUAGCAGCAAGAGUACCUGUUUAGGGCGUGUAGUGGGCCCACUGCAGUAGAAGCCGAGAGAAAAUAAAUAGGGGUAUUGACCAAUAGGAAGGCAUAGAUUUUUUCUUAGUAACCAGUCGGCUCUUCGCAGCGAGACGGACGUUCUUGCCGUCCUCGGAUUUCUUUUUCUGUGAUCUCUUGGGAAUAUUACACCACUUUCUUCUUCUUUGCUCACACUUUCCCAUAUAAAUAAAUAUAUCCCAGCUAUCUCAUUUGUCUCCCUGUACCCUUUUUUCUUUUUUUGGGCGAAUCCAAUCCCAUUCCUUUGCUGUGCAUUAGGAUAGUCAAGAUGUCUGCCUCGACGGUAUCACGCCAAUUCGCCCGUGCGGCUCUGCGCACCACCGCCAGAAGCACAUUCUCGACCUCUUCCCGACAAGCAUUCCGACAAAAUGGUCGUCGCUUUUACUCCUCCGAGCCCACUAAAGCUUCGAGCUCGUCGACCCUACUUUACUUGGCGGGUGCUGCCGUCGCUGGUGGUGCUGGUUACUACUUCUACACACAAGGUGGUUCGGCUGGUGUCAAGACCUUUAAGCCCACCAAGGAAGACUACCAAAAGGUGUACAACGAGAUCGCCAAGCGCCUCGAGGAGCACGACGACUAUGACGAUGGUAGCUACGGCCCUGUCCUCCUCCGUUUGGCGUGGCACGCCAGUGGUACCUACGAUGCUGCUACCGGUACCGGCGGUAGCAAUGGUGCCACCAUGCGAUUCUCCCCCGAGGGCGACCACGGUGCGAAUGCUGGCUUGAAGCACGCUCGGGACUUCCUUGAGCCUGUCAAAGCCAAGUUUCCCUGGCUCAGCUACUCCGAUCUCUGGAUCAUUGGUGGUGUCGCCGCCGUCCAGGAGAUGCAAGGUCCUAUCGUCCCCUUCCGACCUGGUCGUGAGGACCGAGAUGCUGCGGCCUGCACUCCUGACGGACGUCUUCCCGAUGGUGCUAAGACCCAGGACCACCUGCGUUCCAUCUUCUACCGCAUGGGCUUCAACGACCAAGAGAUCGUUGCCCUUGCUGGCGCCCACGCUCUCGGUCGAUGCCACACAGACCGAAGUGGAUUCGACGGCCCGUGGACUUUCUCUCCCACUGUUCUAACCAACGACUACUACCGUCUGCUUUUGGAUGAGAAGUGGCAGUUCCGCAAGUGGGACGGCCCUAAGCAGUACGAGGACGCUAAGACUAAGUCCCUCAUGAUGCUGCCCGCCGACUACGCCCUCAUCCAGGACAAGGCAUUUAAGUCUUGGGUGGAGAAGUACGCCAAGGACAACGACCUCUUCUUCAAGGACUUCGCCGCCGUCGUUACCAAGUUGUUCGAACUCGGUGUUCCUUUCAAGCAGGACGCCGAGAAGAUCACCUUCAAACCCGUCAAUGCUUAAACGUAAUGUAAUGAAUGUGAUACCAUUUUAGAUAAAGGAGGAAGACUCGUUAGAAUGACGAUAGAGAGGAAAGAUAAAGACCUAGAAGCGACCCAUAUCGCUGGUUAUCAGAAGUAAACGAGGGUCUGAGGGAUAGCAUGAUACCUGCGAAGAAAGCGGGAUAAAUUAGAUUAUCAUUAUAUUGUUUCCAUUAGCCUAGUUGUCGGAAGGUGUCGAUGGAUGACUAUAGUUGUGUAAAUCAAAUCAGACUCAAUUCUGUUCUAUGAUAUAUCGUGUUACAGUUAUGUAGUUGUUUUGGAUGGAAGGAAUGAAGUGAGAAUAGGCAUUGGAAUAAAUGUUAAAUUCCUUGAAAUGGGAUGAUCGGUUUGGAAUCACCGUCUUCUAAUAGGUUACCAUUCUUUAGCAACCCCUUCAUAUAGACGUAAUGGAAUGUCCCCACUGCCAUGCG